UUCCAUCCGUUUCAUCAGAAUCUGCCUGUCUGCUUUCCGUGGGUGUGCGCGAUUAUCGCGUAGUGGCAUUCCUAAAAUCACUGUCCUCGAGUGUAGACGAUUGUUUAAAAAACAAAAAUCAAAGACCAGUGUGUAUUUUUAUGAAGUGGAGUCGUUGAAAUAGAUUCGCGUGAGUGAUAAUUUUAGAGCUCUCGUCCACGUAACUGAAGUCUCAUUCGGUUUCUUCGUUGUGCGUGUGAAAAGUGCCGUAUUUUCUUACGGUGCUUGUUCCCGGAAAAACGUGGACGUUUUAGCUGCACAAAACAAAAACAAGAAAACACUAUCCAGGAGAAGACACCGCUAGCUGCGAUUGCCGUCCGUCGCUGCAUCGUUGCGUCAGUGUUCCAACAUUUUGACGUUUCGUGGUUGUGAAAUACGGUUCGAUUCCCAGUGAAAAUCUCGUGAAUGUUCUAGGGUGUGAUAUUUGAAUAAAAUGUCCAGAUUCGUGCUUGCCAGAAAAUGUAUAGAGGCAAUUGCAACCUUCGGUGGUUCCGCCGGCACCACCGCUAGAGUGGCCCCUAUUACACAACACAGCAGUCGGUCGCUUUCCACCCAAGCUGGAAAAGUCCAUCAGACGGGAGGUGUCGAACAGCAGCCGGCCGCCGAUCCGGAAGCGGUUCAUGGCGAACUCCAUCAGCGGCUGACCAGCCUUUUCGAGGAGGAAACCAAGCGAAGUCUGAUCGUGCCGCCGUUCAAGCGGGCCCUGCUCCACGGAGAAAAAUCAGCCAUUAGGGACCAUACCGGCGAUUACAGCUUCAUCCAGAUUUACGAGGCCGUCAAGCGGUUGGCUUUGCAGAUUUCCAACUGUUGUGGAAGUGCAUCACAAUCUCGAGUAGCAUUUAUCUGUCCUAACAACGCAACCUAUGUCAUCAGUCAGUGGGCUUGCUGGUUUUCCGGACAAAUAGCCGUCCCACUCAAUCCGAAGUAUCCCCAAGACUUGCUCGAGUACUACAUUAAAGAUUCCGACGCAUCACUGCUCAUCGCAACACCGGAGUUUCAGAACAUUGCCCAACCCUUGGCAACCAAGUUGGACAAGAAACUCCUUCUGGUGCAUCACGAUCUGCUAAAGGUUGAACCCAAGCAGUCCGAAGAAGGCGAAACAUCAUCAUAUCUAGAUCCGAAACGCGAGAAUUUGUUACAGUUGAACGAUAGUCUGGUGGUGGAAGGAUGCCUGAAUGGGGAAUUUUACCGCGACGCCAACGCCCUUAUACUGUACACUUCUGGAACGACUGGCAAACCGAAAGGCGUUGUGCUAAGCUUUGCCAACCUGGAUGAACAAUUCAACGCAUUAUCACACGCUUGGCAAUUCAAAGGAUCCGAUUCUGUACUCCACGCGCUUCCCCUGAACCAUGUCCACGGAACCAUCAAUGCGUUGAAUCUACCAUUGUCCGUCGGAGCCAAGUGCGUCAUGCUGCCCAAGUUCGACAGUAGCAGCGUCUGGAGCUAUUUGCUCAACAUCAAUAUGACCAGCAAGGAAAGAGUUAACAUGUUCAUGGGAGUUCCAACGAUGUACGGACUGCUGAUCAAAGAAUUCGACCAGGUGUUUGAAAAGAACGCACGAAUGAGUGACUAUGUGAAAACCCACUGCAAAAACAAAAUCAAAUUGAUGAUUUCCGGAUCAGCUCCGCUACCCGGGACAAUUUUCGACAGAUGGCUGGAUAUCAGCGGCCAUAAACUAUUGGAACGAUACGGUAUGACGGAAAUUGGAAUGGCUAUAUCAAACCCAUUUAUCCAGGACAAAACUCGAGUACGCAAGCAGGGCUGCGUUGGAAUGCCGUUGCCAGGCGUUAGUGUUAAAAUUGUUGAUAAAGAGCAUAACAAGGAACUCGUUCUCGAAGGAAAGGCGAAUGAAGGUUUCUGGAACCCCGCACCAGAUGCAGAUGUGGUAGGCACUAUUGGAGAUCAGAAGAUAAGCGGAAACGUGUAUAUCAAAGGCCGUUCAGUCUUCCAAUCAUACUGGCAGAAACCCGAAGAAACGAAAGCUGAAUUCGAGGACGGAUGGUUCAAAACAGGCGAUACGGCAGAAUACAGCGAAGGAUCAAUUAAGGUCCUUGGUCGGACAUCGGUUGAUAUUAUCAAAUCUGGCGGAUUCAAACUGUCAGCACUAGAAAUCGAAACUGCCCUCCAUGAACAUCCUCAAACCACCGACGUAGCAGUGGUCGGAUUGCCGGACGAAACCUGGGGCUCAAAGGUAGUGGCCAUCAUAAGUGUAAAGGAUCCAGACACGUUCAGCAUUCCGCGGUUGUUGGUGUGGCUCGAACAGAAGCUGCCCAAGCAAGCGAUCCCCAAAGAAGUCAAGAUAAUCUCCGAAGUUCCUCGGAACGCCAUGGGUAAGAUCAACAAAAAAGAAUUAAUCGUGCAACUGUACGGCACCGGAGCCGGUGCCGAUGCUGAACCACAGAAGCAGGAGAAAGUUGUUAAGUAAGUUGGUGACGAACCAUACUUGUUUCUGUGUGUUCCAUUAUUUCUUAGUUUCAUGUAAUACUACUACAUUUAUCCCUCUAUUCGCUGCUAUUGGCGAGGAGUGGUAUAUGGAUAAGAAGAUCAUGAGAUAAGUAACAACUAGUCAUGGAUGUGAGCUUGCGUCACGCAAAAGGACUAGAUCAGUUAUAUGUGUAACAAGCAGUGCACAUACGUGUUAACGAUAAAACGCGCACUUACACUUUAAAAUCACUUAUCUUACUAUGGUAGAGCUUUCUUCGAUAUAUAAAGCGUACCCCAUAUUAGCCGAAAAGCUACAAUGAAUAAACUUUGAAACAUUCACUGACAACGUUGUUGAAGUACUGAUAUAAA